AUGGCUAACACAACUUCAGCCCAUCUCCCCGGUGAUCUUGGAGAGCAUGACCCUCGCCGUGAGGCCCACCCCCAUGGCAACGAGCCUGGAGCUGGUGGCCACGAAGUCAAGGUCGGCUCUGCCGAGGCCAAGGGCAUUGACAGCAAUGCUACUGCCGCCGAGAACAGCAAUAAUCGCGAUCCCGCAACAGACAACACCUCUGAGCACGCCCUCGAGGGUGGCAGCACCGAGACCAUGGACCGCACAAAGCGUCAGCAGGCCUCCGACAUCCCCGGCGGUCGUACCGGUCAUGACGGUGUCGAUGACCACCUCACCCGUGCCGGUCGUCAGCAGGAGACCGACAGUCGUUCCAACUACGGCGACCUCAGCAACCAGGGCUCAGGUUUGACCGGCUCUACCACCGGCACCACCGGCUCUCACUCUCACCACCACCACAACCACCACCACGGCUCGACUGGCUCGGGUUUGACCGGCGGUCUCUCUCAGUCCGGCACUGAGCCCGUCUCUGGUGUCAGACGCGCUGGUGUUGGCGGUGCUCCUUACGAUGCUGGCAACGUCCAGUCUACUGGCUUCAGCGGUUCUGACCCUCAGGAGCGUCACCAGCUCCACCACGGCACUGCUCACCACGGCCACGACUUCAGCCACAACCACAACACCCGCACCGGUGAGCUCCUUGACCCCGCCAGCGGCAGAGACACUGGCAUUCCCGGCUACUCUGGUGGCGCCUCUGGCCUCACUGGCUCGAACACCACUGGCACCGGCCUUCCCGGCUCAUCUACCACCGGUACUGGCUAUGGUCAGACCGGCACCACUGGUGAGCGCCUGAGAGAGGACGUUCGUGAGGGUGAGCGCGGCCUUACUGGCUCGCACACUGGUUCUGGCCUCACUGGCUCAUCCACCACCGGCACCGGCGCAUACGGCCAGACUGCAGGCUCCAGCCUCACUGGCGGCUCCGGCGUUGGCUCUACCCCCUCUGGUUACGGCCAGACUGGCUCCACUGGUGAGCGUCUCAGAGAGGACGUCCGUGAGGGCGAGCGUGAUCUCUCUGGCCACCACGGCUCUACCGGCUCCGGCUUGACUGGCACCACCACCGGCCAGCACGAGUCCACUGGUCAGCGCAUUAAGGAUGAUGUCCGCGAGGGCGAGCGUGCCACUGGCCACGACACCUCCAACACCACCGGCACCACCGAGCACAAGAAGCCUUCCCUCUUGGACAAGCUUAACCCCAUGAAGGAUGCUGACGGUGACGGCAAGAAGGGCUUCAUGAAAUAA